AUGAAUUUAUAUUUAUUAAUACCGCUAGCAUGUCUAGCAUGUUUUGUUACGUAUAACGUAAAUGCAACACCUAUUCAAGUGAUAAACGCACCAAAAGCACGAGAACUUUCAUCCUCAUCAGAGUUAAAAACAGAUGAUAGUAUUGUAUCAAGUAGUGAAAAUAGUGAAGUCGUGGCUGAUUUAAAAAAAGUCGAUGAAGCAUCAUCUGAACCAGUUGUGCCAGCAGUUGUUGCUGAAGGUGAAAAAGAACAAGUAAAAGAAUCUGGACGACAAUCUCAACCAGCAUCCUCUUCAUCAUCCGACGAUGAUGACGAUGAUGACGAUGACGAUGAUUUGGAUGUAGAUAUUGGUGAUGAUGACGACGAUGAUGAUGAUGACGAUGACGAUGAUGUUGUUCGACCAGCUAAUCCACCAGCCGCAUCUUCUUCAUCAUCUUCCGAUGAUGAUGAUGACGACGACGAUGAUGAUGAUUACUUCGGUAGUUUUUUCGAUGACAUUCUAGGAGAUGAUGAUGAUGACGAUGAUGAUUCACCAUCAACUGGUGCUGUGCAACCACAAACACCUGUACAAUCUGCACCACCAGCUAUAGUAGCUGAAGCCGCCGAAGAUACAGCAGCAGCCGAAGAACAAUUAAAUUCAGCUGAUGGUGGUGAGGACGAUACACAGACAGCAAACUAUGACGAUGACGAUGCUGGACAAAAUUUAAUUGAAAAAGACCCAGAGACCUCAAAUCAAUUGAGUAACAUUCAAACAAAUUCUGUACAAAUUGUUGACCCAGUACCAUCGAACAUACCUAGUGACAAUACAAAUAACGUAAAUACUGACGAUGAUGAUGACGAUGACGAUGAUGACGACGAUGGCUUAGGUGGUUUGACUGAUGUAGGUGACGAUGAUGACGAUGACGAUGAUGAUGAUGAUGAUUCAGCAGAUGAUGAUGACGAUGAUGACGAUGACGAUGAUGAUCUCGAUAUUGGUGGUGAUGACGUCAUCGAGGCGAGACGUAAUUCACGUGCUAUGUCGCCUGCAGCAAAUCAAAGAAUUCCAGCUAUGUACAUUUCAAAGUAUAAUCGUUUUGUUGAUAACAUUUUGGGGCGUAUCAACAAAAUUCUAAGACGAUCCUAUGAUCCAGUUCGUGUAAAAUUACAAAGCAAUGAAAGUAAAAACAAGAAAAAUUCAAAUAAAAAAAAGAAGAAACCAACUAAACACACACGAUCCAAUACAAAACCACAAAAUGUACAACAACCGGAAAAUAAAAUGGCCGAAGUUGAAUUAGUUGAAAAAUUAUCGAGAAGUCUGGCUGAAGCAGAAGAGAAAUUCAACGAGAAGUCAUUAUCGCCCAGGAAUGAAAACGAAACGAUGAAAAUGAAUAAUGAAGAAACUACAAGACGCUCUUCUAACAGUAAAGGUUCAUCAAAUAGGAACAAAAACAAAAAGAAAAAUAAUAGUAACAAAACAAAAGCUGCAAAGAAAAACCAAAAAGCUCGAGCUACCUUAUUUGGAUUAUCAUCACUGCGUAGAGAUGGAGAUGUAUCUGUGAAUCUAAUGGCCGAUCAUACUACCGUAAAAACUAACUUUAUCUUAGGACCAUUAACACUUAAAGUAGAAAAAGAGUUUGGACGUGGCGUCAAACGUGAACUAAAAAGUGCCACUGCAACAACAGCUGAAAUGCAUGGAAAAUUAAGUCUACGAAUUGUGCAAGGUGGUGCUGCUACUUUACACUCAAUUCGAGUACUUCAACCGAAACAAGUCCGGAUUGAUAGUCCUGAUGAUCAUGAUCGAACGAGAGAAUUUGUAUGGAAACGUAGUGCACAAAUUGCACAAGUAGUCUCAAAAAAAUUAACUACAGCCACUAAAUCAAUGCUCCAACCAAUUCCAAAACCAUAA